CGUGACCACCGCGGAAGUGACAGUCCACUGUUGAUGCGGAAGCAGAAAGAGCUUUAAGAUGUGUUGAGGUUGACGUUGUUGUAGAAUUAAAAAUAAGUAUCAGGCAACAGGAAAAAUCGGUUUAAUAUAAGGUUAAAGGCUAAAGUUUGACCGACAUAUCAAAACGUAAUGGCCGGUAGUAAUCUACAGAAAGCUAUAGAUCUCGCCAGCAAAGCUGCAGCGGAGGACAAAGCCAAGAAUUACGAAGAGGCCCUCAAAUUGUACCAGCAUGCAGUGCAAUACUUUCUACAUGUGGUCAAGUACGAGUCUCAGGGUGAUCGAGCAACGCAGAGCAUCAGAGCAAAGUGUGUCGACUACCUGGACAGAGCCGAGCAGCUGAAGGAAUAUCUGAAGAAGAAGGAGAUGGCUCCCCCGGCCAAACCUGUCAAAGAGUCUGAUGACAAAGUAGAUGAUGGUGAUGGAGAGGAUGCUGAGAAAAAGAAGUUCCAAAAUCAACUCUCAGGUGCCAUUGUCAUGGAAAAGCCAAACAUUAAGUGGGACGAUGUGGCUGGACUUGAAGGGGCCAAAGAAGCCUUAAAGGAAGCCGUCAUCCUGCCCAUCAAAUUCCCUCAUCUGUUUCAAGGAAAGCGAACUCCUUGGCGGGGGAUCCUUCUGUUUGGCCCUCCAGGAACAGGGAAAUCCUAUCUGGCCAAGGCGGUGGCCACGGAAGCCAACAACUCCACCUUCUUCUCCAUCUCCUCCUCUGACCUUGUGUCCAAGUGGUUGGGAGAAAGUGAGAAGUUGGUGAAGAACCUGUUCACUUUAGCCCGCGAAAACAAGCCAUCGAUCAUUUUCAUCGAUGAGAUCGACUCACUCUGCGGCUCCAGGAGUGAGAACGAGAGUGAAGCAGCCCGCAGAAUCAAGACAGAGUUCCUUGUCCAGAUGCAAGGUGUUGGGACUAAUAAUGAAGGAAUCCUGGUGCUGGGAGCCACAAACAUACCGUGGACAUUGGACUCCGCUAUCAGAAGAAGGUUUGAAAAGCGAAUCUACAUUCCUCUGCCGGAGGAGCAUGCCCGCUCCUUCAUGUUCAAGCUGCAUCUCGGCUCCACCCCAAACGACCUGACAGAAGCAGACUUCAUCAAUCUGGGCAAAAAGACUCAGGGCUACUCUGGCGCGGACAUCAGUGUUAUCGUUCGGGACGCCCUGAUGCAGCCUGUCAGGGAGGUGCAGUCUACCACUCACUUCAAGAAGGUGACCGGGUCAUCAUGGAAAAAUCCUGACGUUGUGGUGGACGACCUCCUGACCCCGUGUUCAUCGGCUGAUCCAAACGCCAUAGAGAUGAAGUGGAUGGACGUUCCUGGAGAGAAACUUCUAGAGCCAGUUGUGUCCAUGCCAUACAUGCUGAGGUCACUGACAAGCACCAAGCCCACGGUGAAUGAGGAGGAUUUGGGGAAGCUGAAGAAAUUUACUGAGGAUUUUGGUCAAGAAGGCUAAUAAUACACAUUCUUAUCAUCAACAAGACUGCAAAUAACCAUUAUUUUCAAUGUCAGUUAUGCUCGUGACUUUAUCUGUUUUGCUACAAAAAAAAGACAAAGAAAAUAAUUCCCAGGGAUGUGUGGCAACAGAAAGCAAGCUAAUAUUGAGGUUUAAUUUAAGACAAAGUUGCUGUUUUUCCUGGAGAAUUAACUAAAAUAAUGCACCUUUGAUCAAAAUCUUUAAUUAAAAUGAAUCAGCUGUCUAUUACUCAUUUUUCAAUCUCCUCAUGUUUACAUAUUUUAUUCACUUAUUGGUUUUAUUUGCAUGUCAGUGAGAAUAUUCCUUAUUUGUUUUAGAGCGAUCUUUAUCAUCACUGUUCUAAAAAAGCAGAUAAUGAUGCUGAAUUGCAUAAAUGCACUUUUUCAACACUACUUACCUCUUCUUAUAGUUUAAGGGGGUUUAUAUGUGGCUUAAUAGAAUCAGUUCGGUGGUUGGCUUUUAAUAAAUGGGUAUUUAUACUGUCAAAUUUAAAAAGGCUUACUCUUCUAAAAAUUAAAAUAACCUUUUACUAGUUGUUUGCAUUUCUCCCUAUACAAAGUUGUCAUUAACCGCUUUGAAAGAGCCUUCUGGGGUUACUGAAUUUUCAUUAACAUGUUUUAGGAUUUCUUUAUGAUCCUUAUCACUAUAAGAUCCUGUCAUUAUGCUCCAUGGGUUUGAAAUGUCUUUAUAAAAGUUUCUCUGGGGGCUUCCUGACUGGUUACAUUAAAAAAAGAAAAUGGUGAUGGUGGCCAUUUUCACUUUUGUUGUAUUCUAUAUGACAUGUUCUGUGAACGAAAAGUCUCAGGGUUGAAUAAACAACUCAAAGAAA